UCCUACAAACAAAGGAUAUUUGAAGACAUGGCAAACUGGGGUGUGGAACGAUUAGUCUUGUUUUGUACUUUGCUCUGUGAUAACAUUAGGAGAUGGUUGUUUGUGCUCAUCCGCGUGCACGGCGCAACGCUCUGAGCUGUAAAACUGGCUCGUGUGUAGCCAUUCCGGGUGACGUCAUGAACCGGCUGUUUGACGGGGUUGCUGCCGCAGCGCUACAACGGACCACAUAAAUAUGACCGACAAUGACCUCGACCGUAGCGUGUGUUAGCUCUUAGCUCUUAAUUCGACAAAUGUAAACAAACGUUUUAAUCAUUGCUUUUAUUAUUUCUCUUAUAUCAAAUAACCUACUUGCGUUUUCAUACCUCGACAGCGAGGCACAUUUAGCGCGUGUCCGUGCGUUGUAGCUCUUUAAUUUGCAUUAAAAUAUGGACAAAGCCAAAUCAGUGAUGGACCAGAACGGAGCUGGGUAUACAAACGGCGUGCACAAGCCGAUCCGACGACAGCUGAGCAACGGGAGCUGUAGUCCGCUCACCACGACGGACGAAAAUCACCAUCAUCAUCAAGACACCCAGAUCAACGGGUCCCCGGCGAAGAGGUGUCGACUGCGGAGGCGAGUGGAAUCUGCGAGGAAAAACAGACCACCCUUUCCCUGGUUCGGGAUGGACAUCGGCGGUACUUUAGUCAAACUUGUUUACUUUGAACCGAAAGACAUCACUGCAGAGGAGGAGCAGGAGGAGGUAGAGAAUCUGAAGAGCAUACGCAGGUACCUCACCUCCAACACUGCUUACGGCAAAAGCGGCGUCCGUGAUGUCCACCUGGAAAUACACAACCUGACCAUCUGUGGACGCACAGGAAACCUGCACUUCAUUCGCUUCCCCACCACUAGCAUGCAUAGGUUCAUCCAGAUGGGCAGAGACAAGCACUUCUCAAGCCUGCAUACCACGCUGUGUGCCACGGGGGGCGGAGCUUACAAGUUUGAGAAUGAUUUCAGAACGAUGGCAGACCUAGAGCUGCUGAAGUUGGAUGAGUUGGACUGUCUGAUCCAAGGGCUGCUGUACAUGGACUCGGUUGGCUUUAAUGGUCAUCCUGAGUGUUAUUACUUUGAGAACCCAUCUGACACUCAGAACUGCAUCAAGAGACCGUGCUGUCUUGAUAACCCUUUCCCCAUGUUGCUGGUUAACAUUGGCUCGGGCGUCAGCAUUCUGGCAGUGUACUCCAAAGAUAACUACAAACGUGUGACAGGCACUAGUCUCGGAGGCGGGACGUUUUUGGGGCUGUGUUGUCUGUUGACGGGUUGCGAGACAUUUGAAGAGGCUCUUGAGAUGGCUAGUAAAGGGGACAGCACCAAUGUGGAUAAACUGGUGAAGGAUAUCUAUGGAGGAGACUACCAGCGUUUCGGCCUGCAGGGGUCAGCUGUGGCUUCAAGUUUUGGACACAUGAUGAGCAAAGAGAAGAGAGACAGUAUUUCCAAAGAGGACCUGGCGAGAGCAACUUUAGUUACGAUUACCAACAACAUUGGCUCCAUCGCACGCAUGUGUGCAGUCAAUGAGAAAAUUGAACGGGUUGUUUUUGUUGGUAACUUUCUGCGCAUAAACACAGUGUCAAUGAAGCUUCUUGCAUAUGCUAUGGAUUUUUGGUCCAAGGGCCAAAUGAGAGCCCUCUUCCUGGAACAUGAGGGAUACUUUGGAGCCGUUGGUGCUUUCUUAGAACUGCUGAAAUCAUCUUUAGACGACUGAAAGAAAUACAUCGACAACUUAUCCAGACGCUGCUUUAGGACUUCCACACAGAAGCCCCAACAGGAAAACCAGAAUACUGGGAACACUGGGAAAUCUGAAAGAAGCCAUUAUAGUAAUUGCCUGUAAAUAACUGUGGAAAAAGGUUUUAAAAGAUAUUUUUAUGAAUAACACGGUCUCUUUCAGACUCUAACUGAACGUUUUGUUUUUCUGUUGUUUUUCUUUUUGUACUGUUUGUAAAUAUCUCUACUGUAUAGUGAACAGGAAAAGUUUAGCGAUGGCCAAAUCGUGCUGUGUUAAAGUUUCCUUAUUCUUGAGCUGGUACCAGAUGAAAGUGGCACAUCUGUAUUUAACUGUUCUCUGUCUGUGGGCCUUGCCAGAUAGUGGACCUUUAAAGUGCUGUUUAGACACCAAAUAAUGUUUAACAAAUUAUUCUAGUUGUUAUAUAAGUCUUUGUUUAAGAUUUCUGCAGAGCAUGGAACAACCUUUUCUGGUUCGUUCUCCGUUCACUCUUCACUACUGUUAGCGUUUUUUUUAAACGGGAAUCAGUUCACUGUGGUAAUUUAUAUCAGAAAAUACGUAUAUGUGCGCAGAUUCACAUGAAGCCUUUGAUUUUAAGAAGGAUUUCUAUGGGACCAAGUGGCCAAUUUAAAAUUGUCACUUCUGUUAGAAAACUACUGUAAUGUCCCAUGUAGAGUAGGUACGUGAUACUUGAUAUAGAGCAUACAACGCAGAAAAAUACACUGACUUUUAAAAUUGUGUUUUACAAAAUAGGCCAGUUAGCUGUGUCUGGUCCUGUUUGUGUGAGCUUUGCCUUUAUCCACCCUGCCUUUUUUCUGUUGCUGUGUCUUUCCUGUCAAACCAAAGUCACUUUACAAUCAUCUCUAAAACUGAUUAUAUAAACUCCUGUUUAGUUGACUUCCUCCGGUCUAAACAGCAGUAAUGAUGUACUCCGAGUAGCAGGGUGCAAAGUUUUCUCGCCAUUCAAAUAUCAAACAUGUUUAGACGGUUCAGUGGCUUUCCAUUGUAGUGCCAAACUGUAAGGCGGAGAGGUCAAACCCGACAGCCUGCUAGUUCAAACACUUCUGCUUUAUCAGGCCAUGUCCUGCAGUUAUUGAGGCGACUCAUUACUUCUCAUGAAAGUUGCCUACUAUUAGAGUAUUCUUGAGAUUAAUAUAGUUGAUAACUGCUAAAGAAAAAACUAUCAUCUUUUGUAUUUGUUUUUACCUUCAAUGUGAGAUUUUCUAUGUAAAAACGGUUGUAUAACUAACUUAAGCAUAAUUACAACUUUGUUUGGAUUUGGUAUUAAAUUAGUUAACAUAUUUGGUGAACAGUUGCAAUUUAUGUGAUUUAUUAUGCAAGUACACUGCAUAAAAUUGUAUGUCCAAGCAAAGCUGUCAACCACUCUUUAUCAUUAGCUCGUAUCCAAAAAGUCAGCUUUUUGUAAAUGUGGUUGGAAUCCUCUUAUAGAGUUUUAUAAAAUGUUACUGAUACUGUCGCUGGUCAUAGAAGCAGCACUGAUCAGUUGCCAGCUUAAAAAAUAUAACAAACCCGCAGACACGGAUCUAAAAGUUGCUAUUCGUGUACAUUAUGAAAGGUUGUACUAAUGGUUAGUCGGAUCAUUUUUGAUAUGCUGUAUGAUUUUUUUUCUCUGAAAAGUGGCUGAACGUCACGUCAGUCCUCUUGCUAUGCAGUAAAAUCAAUUGUCCACUAUGUUGUUUGCAUACUGCAGUUUGGGGGAGUCAGUCUGCUCUUCUCAGAAAAUUUCUGUCUGUAAUACUGCUGUGCUAAAUGAGAGUUGGAGCUUUUGGGGCAGGGGGUUCCUUUGUCUUUGAGAUUUGUGUGUGUUUUCUUUGGGUUCCUGCUGAGAUUGUGAGACUUGUUUGCUAAAUGGACAGUUUGUGCAAAGAUGUAAAUAGUUAUGCCUUUCUAUCCCUCUGCUGUGACAGAAGCCACUGUUUUUCUUAGUGAAAUUUGUGACUUCACUAUAUAAAAUGGCACGCUUGAUAUGUGUGUGUGAGCUGGAUUUAUUGGAUGUAGAGACUCCAGAAAGGGCAUUUAAGACGAAUACAAUUUUAAACAGAUGCAGAAGUGAAUGUUUUUGCUCAAUUAUUUUGAGCUUAAUCGAUUAUGAAAAUGUAUUAUGGUUUUAUUAUAAUAAAAGUGUAGUAACCAUGUUUUUGGGGCAUAUUGAUUACCAUUUAGUUUUACUAAAAUGAUUAUUAUUAAGGUUAUUGUAAGGUUAUGAGACCAUAGUGCAUUUGUGGUUUUCUACAAAUAAAUCCAAAAUAACUACAAUAAACUAUAGUUGUAUAUAAAGUUUAUAAAUUACCGUUAAACCAUGGUUAAUUUAGGUAAGGCAUGCUCUUUUUUUCUAAUUUUAUCUUGUGUUGUGUAUUGUGUUAAUAUUCAGCUGUACAGUUAUUUGUCAUGCCAAUAAAAGCGU